AUGCUUUUGGAGUUGGUCAUGCUGGGCAGCAUCACUCCGGGCGUGUCGUGGAUAUAUAUUAGCGGGUCGUUGCUUAGUUUGAUCAGUUCCGAAACAGCACGGGUUGUUCCUCCGCGUCGUUCAACUCGGGCCACGUCUUUGAGGUUCCCGUUCUUGGUGUCGAUCAGUUUCCGUCGCAGUCUGUUCACCAAUGUCGAUUUUCCAACGUUGGGCAUUCCUGCAACCAAAAUUUUCAUCCCCAAUGGAGGCAGCGGUUCCAUCUCGUUGCAUUUGGCUUUGAUGAGUUUAACCACGUUAUCCAAAUGGUCUUCGCGCUUGUUAUCGAAAAGCCCCCAAGUUUCGUUUUUGACGUUCCAUUUGUCAAAGAUCUGGCGAGACAGGAUCGAUUGCCGUGUCUUGGUGUACAACACGAUUUUCGGUUUUCCUCGGAGAACUUUCUCGAGCAGAGCGGAGAAGACAUGCACAAUUGUAGGUGAGGAAAAAAUCAGAAAAAAUCAGAAAAAAUCAAAGAAAAAUACCAUCUCGAGCGUUCUCAUGCCUCUUAUCGUUUUUGCGGGAUACCCAUCGAGCGGGAAGACCACGCGGGCGACCGAACUAAAACGGCUGUUUGAGGAGAAAAUUAGAUCGCUGCCAAAAGGCGAGCCGGGGUCCAACUUGAAGGUGGUUCUACAUAAUGACGAAAGUCUGGGGAUCUCUCACAACGCAUACAGAGAGUCUGUCACCGAGAAAGCUGCGCGGUCGGCUCAGAUUUCGGCCGUGAAACGUGACAUUAGUCGGUCAACAGUGGUGAUUUUGGACUCACUCGCCUACAUCAAGGGCUUCAGAUACCAGUUGCACUGCGAGAGCAAGGCCUUGAGCACUCCGCAUUGCGUGAUUCAGGUGAUUACGCCUUUGCAGACUUGUUUGGAGUGGAACUCUGGCCGUCCCGAGGCCGAAAAAUGGGACGAACAGGUGAUGAAGGAGCUUGUUCUAAGAUACGAGGAGCCAGACGGACAGAACAAAUGGGACUCGCCGUUGAUCCCCAUUGGUUUUGACGACCCAGAGCUGCCGUUUGAAGAUAUCUGGGCUGAUAUUGCGCUCAAGAAAGGGCCCAGACCGAACCAGUCGACGGUGACGAAGCCAGCUAUUGAAAUCAAUUAUUUGCAGCAACUGGACAGACUAACGGCCAGCGUGGUGCAGGAGGUUUCACAGUUCCAGGAGAUUAACGGCGUGGGCCACGAGAUCCGGCUCAGCGUGGAGGGAGGCGAGUGUGUGGUGGAAAUGCCUACAAGAGAGGUGUCUAUUGCCCAGCUACAACGGUUCCGCAGAGCGUUUGUUGGACUGAACCGGAUGCGGAACGUGGGGGUUGAACGGAUCGGCCCGUUGUUCGGAGAGUAUCUCUCGCGCGCGCUUAAUCAGUAA